GAAUAAAAUAUUUAAUUCGAUACCAAGCCAGUCUCUCUCUAUAAAUUCUAUCUUUUUGCCUUUUCUCUCUCUUUCAUUCCUUACAAGCAACCAUUUAUUCCUCUCUCUAUCUAAGAAUAAUGGAAAUGGAGGACUAGCUUCAAGCUCAUCUGCUUCCACUCAGAUCUGCUUCAAUUUUUGAUUUUUUUUUUUUGGUCCCAUAAGGUGUUAAAAUUUUUGCAGAAGUAGUUGUGGUGAGAGAAAAUGGCUUUAGGGAAGUAUAGUAGAGUAGACAAUAGGAGAUCCUCGUCUUCGAGUUACUGCUCGACGGUGACGAUUGUCAUUUUUGUGGGGCUUUGCUUGGUUGGGGUUUGGAUGAUGACAUCCUCGUCGGUGGUUCCUGUUCAAAAUGUGGAUGUGCCCCAGGAGAAUAAGAAUGAGGUGAGUGAACCAGUGAACAAGAGCAAUGAGGGUAAUACUAAGCAAUUUGAGGAUAAUCCCGGUGAUUUGCCUGAAGAUGCGACGAAAGGGGACAGUACUGUGAAUUCUGAGAAUAGCUCUAAUUCACAAGAAACCCAAGAAGAGAAGCCUGAGGAAAAGAUUGAAGAGAAGAUAGAAGAGAAGCCUGAGGAAAAGAUUGAAGAGAAGAUAGAGGAGAAGUCUGAGGAAAACACUGAGGAGAAACCUGAAGAAAGGUCUGAAGAGAAGCCAGAGGAAAAGCCUGAAACAAAUGAAGAUAACAAGCCAGACGAUGUUUCAAACACUGAAACAGGAAAUGGAGAAAAUAAAACAGAAGAUGGGGAGUCUAAGAAGGAUAAUGAAGAGAAGAAUUCAGAUGGGGGCGAAACCAAAAAAGAUGGAGGUGAGAAUGGUUCUGAUGGACAAGGUAAUUCUGAAGAGGGUUCUGGUGAGAAAAAAUCCCAGUCCAAAGAGGUCGAGCUGAAAUCUGAUUCAAAUGAGACUGAGAAGAAAUCAGAGAACUCGGGUGAAGCAAAGGAUGGAGAGAAGGUGAAUGGUCAGAUAGAGGAGAAGGUGGAGCAAAACGAUAACAAGGAGUCAAAUGAGAACUCAGGUGAGAAAAAGGAAAACGAACAGCCCAAAAACCAGAGUCCAAAUGAGGUAUAUCCUUCUGGGGCUCAGACAGAGCUUUUGAAUGAAACUACCACUCAAAAUGGGUCUUGGUCAACUCAAGCAACGGAGUCAAAGAAUGAAAAGGAGGCUCAAACUCCUACAGAAGAGACUGGUUAUAGUUGGAAAGUCUGCAAUGUCACUGCUGGGUCUGAUUACAUCCCCUGCCUAGACAAUUUGCAAGCAAUUAGGAGGCUUAGAAGUACUAAGCAUUAUGAACAUAGAGAGAGGCACUGUCCUGAACAAGCCCCCACCUGCCUUGUUUCUCUUCCUGAAGGAUAUAAACGUUCAAUUGAGUGGCCUAAAAGCAGGGAGAAGAUCUGGUACUAUAAUGUUCCCCACACUAAGCUUGCAGAAAUUAAGGGCCAUCAGAAUUGGGUGAAAGUGAGUGGUGAAUAUCUUACUUUCCCUGGUGGUGGGACCCAAUUUAAGCAUGGUGCUCUUCAUUACAUUGAAUUCAUAGAGGGUGCUGUGCCUGAUAUUGCCUGGGGAAAACGCUCUCGUGUAAUAUUGGAUGUGGGAUGUGGGGUUGCUAGCUUUGGAGGCUUUCUCUUUGAUAAAGAUGUGCUUACUAUGUCAUUUGCUCCAAAGGAUGAGCAUGAAGCCCAAGUGCAAUUUGCACUUGAAAGGGGAAUUCCUGCAAUAUCUGCUGUGAUGGGCACAAAGAGACUUCCCUACCCCAGCAGGGUUUUUGAUGUUGUUCACUGUGCGCGUUGUAGAGUUCCAUGGCACAUAGAAGGUGGUAAACUUCUUUUGGAACUAAAUCGUGUGUUGCGACCUGGUGGUUUCUUUGUCUGGUCUGCUACUCCAGUUUAUCAGAAGAACGCUGAGGAUGCUGGAAUAUGGAGUGCCAUGAAGGAAUUAACAAAAGCAAUGUGCUGGGAAACAGUUUCGAUUAGCAAGGAUACAGUAAAUAAAGUAGGUGCAGCUAUAUAUAAGAAGCCUACUUCUAAUGAGUGCUAUGAGAAAAGAUCACUAAGUGAGCCUCCUAUUUGCCCAGAGUCUGAUGAUCCCAAUGCAGCCUGGAACGUGCCAUUGCAAGCAUGCAUGCACAAAGUGCCUGUAGAUGCAUCAGAACGUGGAUCUCAAUGGCCAGAACAAUGGCCAGCUAGGUUGGAAAAACCACCUUACUGGUUGUUGAGUUCCCAGGUUGGAGUUUAUGGAAAAGCUGCUCCUGAAGAUUUCACUGCAGACCAUGAGCACUGGAAACGUGUGGUGACCAAGUCAUAUCUUAGUGGGAUGGGGAUAGACUGGUCACAUGUGAGGAAUGUCAUGGACAUGAGAGCGGUCUAUGGAGGAUUUGCUGCAGCUCUGAAAGAUUUGAGCAUUUGGGUCAUGAAUGUGGUCACCAUAGACUCCCCAGAUACGCUACCCAUUAUUUAUGAACGAGGUCUAUUUGGCAUGUAUCAUGAUUGGUGUGAAUCAUUUAGCACGUAUCCUAGGUCCUAUGAUCUUCUCCAUGCAGACCAUCUCUUCUCCAAGGUUAAAAAGAGGUGCAAUUUAGUUGGAGUAGUUGUGGAGGUUGAUCGGAUCCUCAGGCCAGAAGGAAAACUCAUUGUUCGCGACGAUGUUGAGACCAUUAAUGAGCUGGAGAAAAUGCUGAAGUCUAUGCAGUGGGAGGUCCGCUUGACCUACUCUAAGGACAAUGAGGGAUUGCUGUGUGUUCAGAAGUCCCAGUGGCGGCCUCAAGAAUCUGAGACAAUCACGUAUGCAAUUGCUUAACGAUGAUCUCCAGUCACUGCCCUUCCAUUCUUGAGGCGGUGAGAUUAGAUAUUCUUUUUAUUUUGAUUGCUAAUUGCAAUUCAUUGUAACUUCACUUCUACCUUAGUCCAUGUAUCAUGUUAGUUAGGCGGCCUUUCAGUAUCUGUUAUUUUUCAUCACUUAUUUCUUUGUUUUGAUUUCUAUAUUAAGAGGUUGUUGGAAUUUGCUGUAAGCCUGUAAUAUCAUAUUAAGAGUUGAUGGAAGAAUAGAACAUUCUUAUAAGUGUAAAGCUCAUUGGUUAAAAUAUAUAACGAACAAAGAUUUUGGAAUUUAUACUAGUGAAAUCUCGUUCUGGUGUU